AUGGGCCGGGGGUCUCCGAGGGCGCCAGGGGCGCCGCCGGCCUGGCUGCUGCUGCUGCUGCUCCUGCUACCGUGGUCCGUGUGGGGGGCCCAGGCGUUCCGCGGAAACUCCCCCGGAGAGCCAGUCACCCCUCACUGGGUCCUGGACGGAGGAGCCUGGCGCGUGGUCACCCUGGAGGAGCCGGCCCUGAAGCUCGACACGGGGCUGGUAGCCUUGGAGGCUGGAGGCCAGGAGCUCCUCCUGGAGUUGGAGAAGAACCACAGGCUGCUGGCCGCAGGAUACACAGAAACCCACUACAGCCCUGACGGGCAGCCAGUGGUGCUGGUCCCCAACCAGAGGGAUCAUUGCUAUUACCAUGGGCGUGUGAGGGGCUUCCCCGACUCCUGGGUAGUCCUCAGCACCUGCUCUGGGAUAAGGGGUCUGAUCACGCUCCGGAGCAAUGUCAGCUAUUAUGUGCAUCCCUGGCCAGCGGGGGCCGCCGAGGGUGUCUCCACCCACAGGAUCCUCUGGACAGAGCAGCUGCUUAGCUGGAAAGGGGUCUGUGGCCAGAAGGAUCCUGAAGACAAAAGGAACGUGACCAGCCGUUCUCCUGCCGCCCAGAUCAGGGACUGGCGGGAGGCCCAGCGAAGCCCGAAGUUCCUGGAGCUGUACAUCGUGGCGGAUCACACGCUGGUGAGAGGAGACUCCAGGGGGCUGGCGGCUCCGAGGGGCCAGUCAGCCUGUCACAUCACCACUUUGCUGCCUUCCCAGUUUGUGACCCAGCACCGGGACUUAAACCACACCAAACAGCGGCUUCUGGAGAUCGCCAACUACGUGGACCAGAUUCUCAGGACCCUGGACAUCCGGGUGGCGCUGACUGGCCUGGAAGUAUGGACCGAGCAGGACCAGAUCCGCAUCACGCCGGACGCCAACAGCACGCUCUGGGCCUUCCUGCAGUGGCGCCGGGGGCUGUGGGGGCGGCGGCCACACGACUCCACGCAGCUGCUCACGGGCCGCGCCUUCCAGGGCGACACCGUGGGCCUGGCCCCCGUGGGAGGCGUGUGCCUCGUGGAGAGCUCUGGAGGCGUAACCGCGGUGAGCCCCGUGGGGCCGGACCCCGGACCAGCGCGGGAGUGGGGGCCGUGUCCGCAGCCCGCAGUGACCGUCCCCGCGCCCCCGCAGGAUCACUCGGAGCUCCCCGAGGGCACUGCAGCCACCAUGGCCCACGAGAUAGGCCACAGCCUGGGCCUCAGCCACGACCCCGACGGCUGCUGCGCAGAGGCGGCAGCGGAGCCGGGCGGCUGCGUCAUGGCAGCAGCCACUGGGCACCCGUUCCCCCGCGUGUUCAGCGCCUGCAGCCGCCGCCAGCUGCGCGCCUUCCUCCGCGCGGGCCGCGGCCCGUGCCUCUCGGACGCGCCGCGCUCGGGGCUGGUGGCGCGGCGGCCGCGCUGCGGGAACGGCUUCGUGGAGGAGGGCGAGGCUUGCGACUGCGGCGCCGGCCAGGAGUGCCCCGACCCCUGCUGCGUCGCCCACAACUGCUCGCUGCGCGCGGGGGCCCGAUGCUCCCGCGGGGCCUGCUGCGCCAGCUGCCAGCUGAAGCCUGCGGGCACGCCGUGCCGUCGGGCUGCGGGAGAUUGCGACCUCCCCGAGUUCUGCACGGGCGCCUUUCCCCGCUGCCCCCCGGACCUGCACCUGCUGGACGGCUCGCCCUGCGCCGGCGGCCGGGGCUUCUGCCGGGACGGCGCGUGCCCCACGCUGGAGCAGCAGUGCCAGCAGCUCUGGGGGCCUGGCUCCCGCCCAGCACCGGAGGCCUGUUUCCAGGUGGUGAACUCGGCCAGAAACGCCCAUGGCAACUGCGGAAGGGAUGCCGAGGGCAACUACGUGCCUUGUACGCAGAGGGAUGCGCAGUGUGGGCAGCUGCAGUGCCAGGGCGGGGAGCAGAGCCCGCUGGCGCCGCACACGAUGCCGGUGGACUCUACCCUCCGCCUGGACGGCCGCGAGGUGACUUGCAGGGGAGCCUUCCCGCUACCGGGGGCCCAGCUGGUCCCGCCUGACCUGGGCCUGGUGGAGCCAGGCACCCAGUGUGGACCCGCCAUGGUGUGCCAGGACGGGCGCUGCCAGAACACUACCUUUCAGGAGCUGGAGCGCUGUCUGGCCGCCUGCCACGGCCAUGGGGUUUGCAACAGCAACCAUAACUGCCACUGUGAUCCUGGCUGGGCUCCACCCUCCUGCGACCAGCCCGGGCCGGGGGGCAGCCUGGACAGCGGCCCUGUGCAGCCGGAAAACCACGACGCCUUCCUGCUGGCGGUGAUCUCCAGCUUCCUUCUGCCUCUGCUACCCGGGGCCGGCUUGGCUUGGUGCUGCUGCCGGCAGCGGGGAUCCCAGCUUCAGCGAUGCCUGCGGGGCUCAGGGAGGGACAGUAGGCCCAACGAUGGCCCAUGCAGGGAUCACCCGCCGGCCAGGGCUCAGCGCCUGGAGCUGGGCCCGAUGACCACUGGAGAGCCCCGCCCCUCAGCACUGAGAUCCCUGCCAGAGCCCAACAGCCGCCUUGAGAACCCUGUGCCCUGUGGCCCUACCUGCAAGCAGGUCAAGUCCAGAAGCCAAGAUCCUGCCUCUGUUGAGAAGGGGAUCCGGGGAUGAGGACACUUAAAAACAGGUGGCUACUGGCACUUGGACCGUAAGUCAGCUGGCCUGUACCUUCAGGCAGCUGGCAAGUUUCUUCCCCAAGUUACAUCUGCCCUACCCACUCCCGGACCCCAGAAGCUCAUCAGAGUUUGCCCAGUGCUCUCUCUGCUCUUUAGGGCUGGAUCAUGCCAGCCCAAGAAUGCAUCUGUUCUGUAAAAUUUCCCAGGUCUGAGAGACCAAAGGAAGAGGCUGACAACACUGUCAUUACCAGAGCUUAUUAAGGGAACAUGUACAAGGUACAUCUUGAGCAGCGGCAAGACCAAGUGGACAUCCACCACGCCAUGCGGCAGCCGCUAAGGGGCUGUGUAAGACGGGCAGGAUGGGCAGGGGUACUGGGCGUAACCCACCCAGGUAAGGGGGAAAGGCCUUACACACUAAAAAUCCAUGAUGAACAAACUAUUGACCUUUUUAAGUAAAGAUGGGAUCAAUAACAGUGCCACCCCAAGCCAGGUGGGAGCCAGAGGCAAAAGGGAAAGUCAGCCAUGGUGAUCCUGUGGCAAGUUCUCUCUCACCUCAUCCUGCAAUAGAAUGGCAACUUGUAAGAUCUCCUAAGAUUCCAUGACUGGCACAUGCUACUUACCAUAAUGCUCUGUGGUUCCAGGGAUUAAGAAAAAAAAAAAAAUCCACUUAAUGGGAGGAGUG